CUGUCUUUCGCCCUUUUCUGUUUAUAUUUAUGCUGUGGAGUUUUAAGUUACAACAAUCCAGCAGUCGUACUGAAAACUUUUCGGAAAUAUCCGAUUCAUUUGCCAAACAUAUAUAAUAUUUUGGCAACAACGGAUCUAUAGACCAGAUAUGACUUUGGCUCAUAGAGCUUUGUUCACUUGGUUUAUUGUCCUGGUCUUCUUGAUACUUGUCUGCCUGCGACUAGAGCCUCACACUCAUUGGAAUUGGUUCCUAGUAUUCAUUCCUUUGUGGGUAUUUGAUGGCAUUCUCAUAAUAUAUGUGAUAAUAAAAAUUGUUCGAAAAUGGCGUAACCUGAAACGUUUGAAGGAGCUUUUAAUCAAUUAUCAAUUUUACAUUGGAGGUGUUCUUCUAAAGAUUGCUUCGCAAUUAAUGAUUUGCUUGACGCUGGAGUAUCCAGAGCUUGAAAUAUCUAUAUUUGUAACUAUGAUACCCAUAUGGACUCUAUUAUCCGCAUCUGUGGUUUAUGUUUUCGGACGACUUAAUAAAAUAGAACCGUGGUGACAUGAGAAAUCGGCCAGCAACGAUGAAUGCACGGAACAUUUGUUUAGCUUGUAAGUUAUACCAGGAGUACUCAAGUAGAGAAGAAAAACAAGCAAGGAGCUUUUAUUUAUCAUUUUAAAAAUAGUACUUUAUUUCAUACAAUAAAGAGGUUUAUUUUA